AUGGCCCCGACCGUCCCCUCCGCCACGACCAUUGAGGUCCCGGAGACCCUCCUCAAAAAGCGCAAGCAGAACGACAAGGCGAGGGAGGACCGUCUUGCUGCUGCCCUUGCUGCCAAAAAGGCGUCCAAAGCAAAGCGCAAGGUUAUCUUCAAGCGCGCUGAGUCCUAUGUGAAGGAAUAUCGUGCGAAGGAGCUCGAGGAGAUUCGUCUGAAACGGGCUGCCCGGACGGCUGGUGAUUUCUAUGUGCCCGCCCAAUCAAAAGUUUACUUCGUCAUCCGUAUUCGAGGUAUCAACGAAAUCGCCCCCAAACCGCGCAAGAUUUUGCAACUUCUCCGCCUCCUGCAAAUCAACAAUGGUGUCUUUGUCAAAGUCACGAAGGCAACCCAGCAGAUGCUGAGACUUGUUGAGCCUUAUAUCACUUACGGCGAGCCGAACCUCAAAUCUGUUCGGGAACUUAUCUACAAGCGUGGAUACGGCAAAGUCGACAAGCAGCGCAUUCCCCUCUCCAACAACGCCGUCAUCGAGGCUUCUCUUGGCAAAUAUGGUAUUCUCUGCGUUGAGGAUCUCGUCCACGAGAUUGUCACGGCUGGCCCCAACUUCAAACAGGCCGCCAACUUCCUGUGGCCGUUCAAACUCUCCAACCCCACCGGUGGCUGGCGGACCCGCAAGUUCAAGCACUUCGUGCAGGGUGGAGACUUCGGUGACCGAGAGGCGAACAUCAACAAGCUCAUCCGGCAGAUGAACUAG